UAGCCUCAAACACGAACCGAAUGCGACAUGCUAGGAGCGUCGGCGUCGAGUCGCGAUGGCGGCCGCCUAAACCCCUCGUGGGAGUUGGGUGCGUCGAAGGAGGGAGGCCGGCAGGAACAUAAUAAGUGCCCUUCGCCUUCCUGUCGCCGCCUAAGAAGGUUCUUUUUAGGGACUUGAUUUCGAUUCCCCCCCCCCCUCCCUCCACCCACCCUACGUUCUCUCCCGCGCCCCGGGGGACCCGCCAUGGAUGAUAAUAAGAGGUUACGCAGCACAUCUUCUUCGCGCGACUAGCACUUAAUCUAGCCUCGGACCUCACCCAAGCUACGAUGGAUAACAAUUACCGCUACGGCGUCGAGUACAGCGAGAACGUGGCGCCCAAGUACCCGGCGCCCGAAGGUCAGGAGGGGCUUGAGGUCGUGCAGAAUUCGACGAUAUAUGCAUCGCCCAUACACCCCACCACGCCGUACGUGGUAGGAAGCGAAAAACGGCAGCCAGCUCCAGUUGCGGUCCCGAUGGGAUGGGGCGCCGUAACGUCGCCAGCGACGACCAUACAACCACCAUCGGCCGCAUCAGAGACAGCACCGGCGGCUCCUGAGGCGGGCGAGGAGGAACUGAAGAAGGACGAAAGGAAACGGAUAUUGGGGCUCACCGUACCGAUAUUCUGGCUAGUGGUCGUGAUCAUAAUCAUCAUCCUCGCGGCAGGCAUCGGAGGCGGGGUAGGCAGCGGCCUGGCGCAGCAGUCGAAAUCAAACAGCGAGUCCUCGAGCGUCUCUCAAGAAUCGUCGUUAUCGGGGUCAUCAGGGGCAAGUGGCGCCGGCGCCUCGCCCACAUCAUCAUCGUCGCCGGCGGCCUCGACGCCGACGGCGACGACUGGCGGCCCCGUGCCCGUGGACGGCGGGUGCCCGGCCAUCAACGGCCAGAACAGCACGCCCUACGCCGUCGACGGGAACCCGAUCCCGCUCGAGAAGGGCGGCAGCCCGCAGGAGUUCCGGAUGCAGUGCGCGACCAACUACGUGGCGUCGGCGGCGGCGCGCACGCACAACAUCCUGCGCAUCUUCAUGCCCACCCUCGAGAACUGCAUCAUGGCCUGCGCCGAGUACAACUCCGCGUACCGGGCCGGCCUCAACGCAGGGGCCGGGGUCGGCGGCGGCUACUGCGUCGCUGUCACCAUCGAGAAAAUUGAGAACGGCUUCUGCUACCUCAAGAACGGCACCGCCACCAACGACACCCUCGGCCAGCCUCGCAUAUACUCGAGCGCUGUACUGCUGACGGAUACCGACUCGUAGAGUACGACCACAGGCCCGUGCCGAGACCCUCUAGCGGUUACGGGUUGAAUACGCGGGUUGUUUUGGACCGGUUUCUUAUGUCCGUCGGCACGGAGAGACGAGUGGUGGUAUGUAUGAAGCGGAUGGUGGUUCUUUUCUAUCGAUCCCCGUGUGGGGGAGACCAGACGGCGUUUUCAAAGGUACGAUUAGGUUGCACCUCAGCUACCUACCUCUCUGAUGUGGUUUCCCCCGUGCUCUCUUAUGUAACCCGGCUUUCAUUAUCCCCGAGCUACCUGUGUCGCAUCCCCACCACCUACUCAACUUCUCCGCAUCUCUUCUUCAUAUCUCAUCCUCACAAUUCACUGUCUACAUUGCCGAAUGUACCAGGAUCUAUCCGCUUGGCUUGGCGGAAAAUCAUACAGGCCUGGACUUGAGCACGUCAGCAAGGAACGAAGCCAAGUAGAAGGGCCACAGAGGCAGCCCUUGCUUGUUCUCUGCGUAUGAUGUACUUUACUUUACUUGUUGAUGUAUUAGUAAAACCGGGACCGAAGUCCUCAGGUACACAUGUGUAGUUCAAUUCUUCAAAUAUUACGCUUCC